GAAGGACGACUUCCGGUUCUGGGGCGGACGCGACGGUACCCGGGCGCCGCUGCGAUGGACAUCUAUCGAUCUCACUAGAAGGGACUGGGUCGCCUCUGCCGGAGAGACGGAGCCUCCCGGGAUCCAAGGCGGAAAGGCGGGGUCGCGCGGCCGCUUCAGGAGUUGCUGCCCGCGGUGGGGCGGAGCGUUCGCCCCGGGCCGCAGUCCCAGAUUGGAAUGAAUGGGCGAGCGGCGGGCUGCUGACUAGCGCGGGUCUUCCCCCCAGUGCGGCGUCGGCAGCGCGGAGCGGCGAGGGCUCGGGGGCAGGAUGAACCGGGCCAAGCCCACCACUGUCCGCAGGCCCAGCGCUGCGGCCAAGCCUUCGGGUCACCCUCCGCCAGGAGACUUCAUUGCUCUGGGCUCAAAGGGUCAGACUACUGAGUCGAAAACAGCCUCCACCCUGCUGAAGCCUGCCCCUUCCGGUCUGCCCUCGGAGCGGAAGCGCGAUGCUGCGGCUGCGUUGGCGGGUGCCUCGGCGUUGCCGGGGCUCACCAAGCGCCCCAAACUCUCCUCCACGCCCCCGCUGAGUGCCCUGGGACGCCUGGCUGAGGCUGCGGUUGCAGAGAAGCGUGCCAUCUCUCCCUCCAUUAAAGAGCCAUCCGUGGUCCCGAUUGAAGUCCCACCCACGGUGCUGCUGGACGAGAUCGAGGCGGCCGAGCUGGAGGGCAACGAUGACCGGCUGGAGGGCGUGCUGUGCGGGGCUGUGAAGCAGCUGAAGGUGACACGGGCCAAGCCGGACAGCGUCCUGUACCUCAGCCUCAUGUACCUGGCCAAGAUGAAGCCCAACAUCUUCGCCACGGAGGGCGUCAUCGAGGCCCUGUGCAGCCUCCUGCGCCGGGAUGCCUCUGUCAGCUUCAAGGCCAAGGGCAACAGCCUGGUGUCCGUGCUGGCCUGCAACCUCCUCAUGGCCGCGUAUGAGGAGGACGAGAACUGGCCCGAGAUCUUCGUCAAGGUGUACAUCGAAGACUCCCUGGGGGAGCGGAUCUGGGUGGACAGCCCGCACUGCAGGACCUUCGUGGACAACAUCCAGACAGCCUUCAACACCAAGAUGCCCCCCAAGAGUGUGCUCCUGCAAGGGGAGGCGGGGCGUGGCGGAGGGGACCUCAGUGCUGGGAACAGCCCGCACCCGUCCCUCACGGAGGAGGAGGACAGCCAGACGGAGCUCCUGAUCGCCGAGGAGAAGCUCAGCCCCGAGCAGGAGGGCCAGCUCAUGCCCAGGCCUAGGUACGAGGAGCUGGCGGAGAGCGUGGAGGAGUACGUCUUGGACAUGCUGCGCGACCAGCUCAACCGGCGGCAGCCCAUCGACAGCGUCUCGCGGAACCUCCUGCGGCUGCUCACCUCCACCUGCGGCUACAAGGAGGUGCGGCUGAUGACGGUGCAGAAACUGGAGAUGUGGCUGCAGAACCCCAAGCUGACGCGGCCUGCCCAGGACCUGCUCAUGUCCGUGUGCAUGAACUGUAGCACGCACGGCGCCGAGGACAUGGACGUCAUCUCCCACCUGGUCAAGAUCCGCCUCAAGCCCAAGGUCCUGCUCAACCACUACAUGCUCUGCAUCAGGGAGCUGCUGAACGCGCACAAGGACAACCUGGGCACCACGAUCAAGUUCGUGAUCUUCAACGAGCUCUCCAACGCGCGGAACCCCAACAACAUGCAGAUCCUGUACACCGUGCUGCAGCACAGCUCCGAGCUGGCGCCCAAGUUCCUGGCCAUGGUGUUCCAGGACCUGCUGACCAACAAGGACGACUACCUGCGGGCCUCGCGGGCCCUGCUGCGUGAGAUCAUCAAGCAGACCAAGCACGAGAUCAACUUCCAGGCCUUCUGCCUCGGGCUCAUGCAGGAGCGCAAGGAGCCCCAGUACCUGGACAUGGAGUUCAAGGAGCGCUUCGUGGUGCACGUCACGGAUGUGCUGGCCGUGUCCAUGAUGCUGGGCAUCACUGCCCAGGUGAAGGAGGCUGGCGUCGCCUGGGACAAAGGAGAGAAGAAGAACCUCGAGGUGCUGCGCUCCUUCCAGAACCAGAUCGCCGCGAUCCAGCGGGACGCCGUGUGGUGGCUGCACACUGUCGUGCCCUCCAUCAGCAAGCUCGCCCCCAAGGACUACGUGCACUGCCUCCACAAGGUUCUCUUCACGGAGCAGCCCGAGACCUACUACAAAUGGGACAACUGGCCGCCCGAGAGCGACCGCAACUUCUUCCUCCGCCUCUGCUCGGAGGUGCCCAUCCUGGAGGACACGCUGAUGCGCAUUCUGGUCAUCGGGCUCUCGCGGGAGCUCCCGCUUGGCCCCGCCGACGCCAUGGAGCUGGCCGACCACCUGGUGAAGCGGGCUGCAGCCGUGCAGGCUGACGAUGUGGACGUGCUGAAGGUGGAACGAGUGCAGCUGAUCGACGCCGUCCUGAACCUGUGCACCUACCACCACCCCGAGAACAUCCAGCUCCCGCCAGGGUAUCAGCCUCCGAACCUCGCCAUCUCCACUCUCUACUGGAAGGCGUGGCCCCUCCUGCUGGUGGUCGCUGCGUUCAACCCGGAGAACAUUGGCCUGGCCGCCUGGGAAGAGUACCCCACGCUGAAGAUGCUCAUGGAGAUGGCGAUGACCAACAACUACUCGUACCCGCCGUGCACCCUGACGGACGAGGAGAGCCGCACCGAGAUGAUCAACCGGGAGCUGCAGGUCUCGCAGCGGGAGAAGCAGGAGAUCCUGGCAUUCGAGGGGCACCUGGCCGCAGCCUCCACCCGGCAGACCAUCACCGAGAGCAGCAGCCUGCUGCUGUCCCAGCUCACCAGCCUCGAGCCCCAAGGGCCACCCCGGAGGCCUCCGCCUCACAUCCUGGACCAGGUGAAAGGCCUCAACCAGUCCCUGCGCCUUGGGCACCUGCUGUGUCGGAGCCGGAACCCCGACUUCCUUCUCAACAUCAUCCAGAGGCAGGCCUCCUCGCAGUCCAUGCCCUGGCUGGCCGACCUGGUGCAGUCCAGCGAGGGCUCCCUGGACGUGCUGCCCGUGCAGUGCCUGUGCGAGUUCCUGCUGCAUGACGCCGCUGAUGAGCCCGCCUCGGGCGGGGAGGAGGAGGAGGGCGAGAGCAAGGAGCAGAAGGCCAGGAAGCGGCAGAGGCAGCAGAAGCAGAAGCAGCUGCUGGGCCGCCUGCAGGACCUGCUUCUGGGCCCCAAGGCAGACGAGCAGACCACGUGUGAGGUGCUGGACUACUUCCUGCGGCGGCUGGGCUCCUCGCAGGUGGCUGCCAGGGUGCUGGCCAUGAAGGGCCUGUCCCUGGUGCUCUCAGAGGGCAGCCUGCGGGACGGGGAGGAGAAGGAGCCGCCCCUGGAGGAGGACUCGGGCGACGCGGACGCGCUGCAGGGCUACCAGUGGCUGCUGCGCGACCUGCCCCGGCUGCCGCUGUUCGAGAGCGUGAGGAGCACCACCGCGCUGGCGCUGCAGCAGGCCAUCCACAUGGAGACCGACCCACAGACCAUCAGCGCCUACCUGGUCUACCUGUCCCAGCACACGCCCGUGGAGGAGCAGGGCCAGCACAGCGAUCUGGCCUUGGACGUGGCCCGGCUUAUCGUGGAGCGCUCCACCAUCAUGUCCCACCUCUUCUCCAAGCGCUCCUGCAGCGCCGAGUCGGACGUGGUGCUGGCAGCCCUGCUGUCCAUCUUUUCCCGCUACGUGCAGCGCAUGCGCAAGAGCAAGGAGGGCGAGGAGGUCUAUAGCUGGUCAGAGUCGCAGGACCAGGUCUUCCUGCGCUGGAGCAGCGGGGAGACGGCCACCAUGCACAUCCUGGUAGUCCACGCCAUGGUCAUCCUCCUGACUCUGGGCCCGCCCCGUGCUGGUGACAGCGAGUUCCAGGCGCUGCUGGACAUCUGGUUCCCGGAGAAGAAGCCGCUACCCACAGCCUUCCUGGUGGACACAUCGGAGGAGGCACUGCUGCUGCCCGACUGGCUGAAGCUGCGUAUGAUCCGCUCAGAGGUCCCGCGGCUGGUGGACGCCGCCCUGCAGGACCUGGAGCCGCAGCAGCUGCUGCUGUUCGUGCAGUCCUUCGGCAUCCCCGUGUCCAGCAUGAGCAAGCUGCUGCAGUACCUGGACCAGGCCGUGGCCCACGACCCCCAGACCCUGGAGCAGAACAUCAUGGACAAGAACUACAUGGCCCACCUGGUGGAGGUCCAGCACGAGCGCGGCGCUUCCGGAGGCCAGACCUUCCACUCCCUGCUCACAGCCUCCCUGCCCGCCCGGCGAGACAGCGCAGAGGCGCCGAAACCCAAAAGCAGCCCAGAGCAGCCACCGGGCCAGGGCGGGACCUGGGCUGUGACGCGGGUGCGGGUGCUGGGCCCAGAGGACGACCUGGCCGGCCUGCUCCUGCAGAUCUUCCCAUUGAGCCCAGGCCCACGGUGGAAGAGUUCCCACGCACGCCCCGCCGCCCUGGCGCUGCAGCAGGCCCUGGGCCGGGAGCUGGCACGAGUCCGCCAGGGGAGCCCCGAGGUGCCGGGCGUCGCCGUGCGCCUCCUGCAGGCCCUCGCCGCCCUGCUGAGCUCCCCGCACGGCGGGGCCCUGGCCCUGGCCAUGCACCGCAGCCACGUCCUUGCCUGCCCCUUGAUGCGCCAGCUCUGCCAGUACCAGCGCUGCGCGCCCCAGGACACUGGCUUCUCGUCGCUCUUCCUCAAAGUGCUCGUGCAGGCCCUGCAGUGGCUGGAUGGCCCCUCCGUGGAGGCCGGGCCCCUGCAGGCCCAGCUCAGGCUGUUCGCUGCCCAGUGCUCAGCGCGGCGCCGGAUCAGCAACGUGCGGAGCGGGUUCCUGCACCUGGUAGAGGCCCUGACAUUCCGCGGGGACCCAGAAACGGUCAGCUCCACCGUGCGUGCCAUCGUGGCCACCCUCAAAUCUGGGGAGCAGUGUGACGUGGAGCCCGAGCUCAUCAGCAAAGUCGUCCGGAGUUUGAUCGAGGCGAGGUCACCUCACUUGGAGGAGCUGCUGGCCGCGCUCUUCUCCACCGCGUCCGCCGUCCCGCCCUCGGGGCCCGUGGCGGUGGUCAGCUCGCUGCUGCUGCCAGAGAAGGAGGAGCCCCUGGCCCCCGGGAAGCAGGAGGCCGACAGCUGCAGCCAAGAGGCCGUGCUCCUGGGGCCCUGCUCGGGGCUGCUUGUCGACUGGCUGGAGAUGCUGGACCCUGAGGUGGUUGGCAGCUGCCCCGACCUUCAGCAGAGGCUGCUCUUUUCCCGGGGCAAGGUGGGGCUCACCGGGCCGGCGUGCGCUCUUCCUGUCGGUUCUGGCAGGCCCCAGGCUGGAGUCUCAUCGGCCAGACAGGGCAAAGGCCACCCUGGCCCCCAGGUGCCAUCUUUCCGUCCCUACCUGCUGGCCCUGCUCACACACCAGUCCAGCUGGUCCACCCUGCACCAGUGUGUCCGCCUCCUGCUGGGCAGGGGCCGGGAACAGAGGUUUGAUCCCUCAGCCUCCCUUGACUUCCUCUGGGCCUGCAUCCACGUCCCUCGGAUCUGGCAGGGCAGGGACCAGCGCACCCCACAGAAGCGGCGGGAGGAGCUGGUGCUGCGGGUGCAGCCGGCGGAGCUCGUGGGGCUAGUGGAGCUGAUCCUGGCCGAAGCGGAGGCACGCAGCCAGGAUGGGGAUGCGGGCGCCUGCGGGCUGCUCCAGGCACGGCUGCCCCUGCUGCUGAGCUGUUGCCGCGGUGGCGACGAAGGCAUCAAGAAGGUGACAGCACACUUGACGGGCUGCGUCCAGCAGUGGGGCGACAGCGUGCUGGGGAAGUGCAGCCGCGACCUGCUGGUGCAGCUCUACCUGCAGCGGCCGGACCUGCGGGUGCCCCUGCCUGACGUCCUGCUGCACAGCCAGGGGGCCGCCGGCAGCAGUGUCUGCAAGCUGGACGGCCUCAUCCACCGUUUCAUCACCCUCCUGGCGGACACCAGCGACUCCCGGGCGUCCGAGAGCCGAGUGGCCGACGCCAGCAUGGCCUGUCGGAAGCUGGCAGUGGCCCACCCCCUCUUGCUGCUGAGGCACCUGCCCAUGAUCGCCGCCCUCCUGCACGGCCGCACGCACCUCAACUUCCAGGAGUUCCGGCAGCAGAACCACCUGACCUUCUUCCUGCACGUGCUGGGGGUCCUGGAGCUGCUGCAGCCGCAGGUGUUCCAGAGCGAGCACCAGGGGGCGCUGUGGGACUGCCUGCUCUCCUUCGUGCGCCUGCUGCGGAACUACAGGAAGUCCUCCCGCCACCUCGUGCCCUUCGCCAGCAAGUUCGUGCGGUUCACCCACAAGUACAUCAGCUGCAGCCCCGCGGCCGCCGUCGCCUUCCUGCAGAAGCAUCUGAACGUGCUGCAUGACCUGUCCCUUGACAGCAGCGACCUGGUGAUGCUUAAGUCUCUCCUGGCGGGGCUCAGCCUUCCUAGCAGGGACGGCGGGCCUGACCGGGCCCUGGAUGAGGAGGGUGAGGAUGAGAGCUCAGCCGGCUCCCUGCCUCUGGUCAGCGUCUACAUCUUCGCCCCUCUGACUGCAGCCGAGAUGGCUCCCUACAUGAAGAGGCUAUCCCGGGGCCAAACGGUCGAGGAUCUGCUGGAGGUCCUGAGUGAUGUGGAUGAGAUGUCUCGGCGGAGACCGGAGAUCCUGGGCUUCUUCUCGACCAGCCUGCAGCGGCUCAUGAGCUCGGCCGAGGAGUCCUGCCGCAGCCUGGCCUUCAGCCUGGCCUUGCGCUCCAUCCAGAGCAACCCUGGCAUCGCAGCCGACUUCCUGCCCACGUUCAUGUACUGUCUGGGCAGCCGGGACUUUGAGGUGGUGCAGACAGCCCUGAGGAACCUGCCCGAGUACACCCUCCUCUGCCAAGAGCAUGCGGCUGUGUUGCUGCACCGGGCCUUCUUAGUGGGCAUGUACGGCCAGAUGGACACCAGCGCCCAAAUCUCUGAGGCCCUGAGGAUCCUGCACUUGGAGGCUGUGAUGUGAGCCGAGCUUCGGACCACCAAGGCAGACCGCAGAGCACUUGGAGCUCACACCCAGGGCCCUGGCCGGCAGUGGGGGCCACCUGUCCCAGAGGCUGUCCCGCCUGCAGGUGCUGGCGUCGCGGCCGGGGGGGAGGGUGCUGACAUUCUGUGGGUCGUGGUUCGGAGUUGGGUUCAAAUGAAACGUGUUGAAUUCCCUGA